UUGCUGGAUCCAAAUAAUCUAUCUAUCUAUCUAUCUAUCUAUCUAUCUAUCUAUCUAUCUAUCUAUGUCACUCCUUUCGCAUCUAUCUAUCUAUCUAUCUAUCUAUCUAUCUAUCUAUCUAUCUAUCUAUCUAUGUCAAUCCUUUCGCAUCUGUCUAUCUAUCUAUCUAUCUAUUUCUUUCUUUCUAUCUCAAUCUAUUUCAGACAUCUGUCUAUUUAUCUGUCAGCUCAACUCUCUUUCUCUAUCUCAAUUUGUCUCUACCAUCGUCUGUUUGUCUCUCUCUCAAUCUAUCCGUCUGUUAAUAUCUAUCUAUCUAUCUAUCUAUCUAUCUAUCUAUCUAUGUCAAUCCUUUCGCAUCUGUCUAUCUAUCUAUCUAUCUAUUUCUUUCUUUCUAUCUCAAUCUAUUUCAGACAUCUGUCUAUUUAUCUGUCAGCUCAACUCUCUUUCUCUAUCUCAAUUUGUCUCUACCAUCGUCUGUUUGUCUCUCUCUCAAUCUAUCCGUCUGUUAAUAUCUAUCUAUCUAUCUAUCUAUCUAUCUAUCUAUCUAUCUAUCUAUCAACGUCUUUUUUAUUCUUUCUCUCACUCAAUCUACCUGUCUGUUUACAUCUAUCUUAUCUAGUUAUCUGGUUGUGUUCAUAUCUAUCUAUCUAUCUAUCUAUCUAUCUAUCUAUCUAUCUAUCUCCGCCCUUUUGUAUAUCAUUUUAUUCCUCUUGGUUUUUCCUUCAUCUUCCUUUUCUCUGUAUCUCUCUCUCUCUCUCUUUCUCUCUCUCUCUCUCUCGUUAUUUACUUAGUCCUCUCUCGGUAGUCAGAAACAAACAUGACCAUUCCAUCUCUCUCUUUCUUUCUUUUUUCUUUCUUUCUUUCUUUCUUUCUUUCUUCCUCUCGGUAUGUAUAAGUGUCUAUCGGUCCCCUCUCUUUCUGUCCAAUCCUCUCCCUUUGUUUGUUUGUUUGUUUGUUUGUUUGUUUGUUUGUUUGUUUGUUUGUUUGUUUCUUUCUUUCUUUCUUUUCUUUCUUUCUUUCUUUUUCUUUCUUUUCUGCAUAAGUGUCUAUCGACCUACAUCGCCCUCUCUUUUUCUAUCUAAUCCUAUCCAUUUCUUUCUUUCUUUCUUUCUUUCUUUCUUUUUUCUUUCUUUCUUUCUUUCUUUCUUUAUGCAUAAGUGUUUAUCGGCCUACAUCGUCCCCUCUCUUUCUGUCCAAUCCUGUCCCUUUGUUUGUUUGUUUGUUUGUUUCUUUCUUUCAUUCUUUCUCUCGCUCGGUAUGCAUAACCAUUCUUUAUCUAUCUAUUCAUUCUUUAUCUAUCUAUCUAUCUAUCUAUCUAUCUAUCUAUCUAUAAACUCUCCUUCUCUUUCUUUCUUUCAAUUUUCCUUCAUGCUUCAUCCUCUUUCACCCCAAUUUCUCCCUUUUGUAAUGUCUUUCGUUUCUCCGUUUUUGUCCUCUCUUUCUUUUCUCUUCCAUUUUUGUCCUCGCUUUCGUUUCUCUUCCUUUUUGUCCUGUCUUUCGUUUCUUCCUUUUUUGUCCUCUUUUUCGUUUCUCUUUCGUUUUUACCUUUUUUGUCCUCUCUUUCGUUUCUUCUUUUGUUGUCCUUUCUUUCGUUUCUUUUCCUUUUUGUCCUGUCCUUCGUUUCUUCCUUUUUGUCCUCUUUUUUUCUUCCAUUUCUGUCCAUUCUUUCGUUUCUCUUCUUUUUUUGUUUUCUCUUUCGUUUUUCUUCCAUUUUUUUUUCUCUUUCGUUUCUUCCGUUUUUUGUGCAUCCUUUCGUUUCUUCUUUUUUUGUCCUCUCUUUCGUUUCUUUCGUUUCUUUCGUCCUUUUUUUUUUGUCCUUUUUCGUUUCUUCUUUUUUUUGUCCUUCUUUUCGUUUCUUCAUUUUUAGUCCAUUCUUUCGUUUCUUCAUUUUUUCCUUUUUUCCUCUUUUUUUUUUCUUCCCUUUUUUGUCCUCUCUUUCGUUUCUUCCUUUUUUUGUCCUCUUUUUUCGUUUUUUCAUUUUUGUCCUUUUUUUCGUCUCUUCCGUUUUGUCCUCUCCUCCGUUUUUCAUUUUUUCCUUUUCGUUUCUUUUCAUUUUUGUCCUCUCUUUCGUUCUCUUCCGUUUUGUCCUUUCCUUUUUUCUUCAUUUUUUGUCCUGUCUUUCGUUUCUUUUUUUUUUGUCCUCUGUUUCGUUUCUUCCUUUUUUGUCCUUUCUUUCUUUUCUCUUCCUUUUUAUCCUGUCUUUCGUUUCUUCUUUUUUUGUCCUCUUUUUCGUUUCUCUUCCGUUUUUGCUCUCUCUUUCGUUUCUUUCUUUUUUUGUCCUCUCUUUCGUUUUUUCUUUUUUGUCCUUUUUUCGUUUCUCUUCCUUUUUGUCCUGUCUUUCGUUUCUUCCAUUUUUGUCAUCUCUUUCAUUUCUCUUCCGUUUUUGUCCACUCCUUCGCUCCUUGUUUUUUUGUCCUUCUUUUCGUUUCUCUUUUUUUUGGCUGUCUUUCCUUUCGUCCUUUUUUGUCCUCUUUUUGUUUCUCUUCGUUUUUGUCCUGUCUUUCGUUUGUUCAUUUUUUUGUGCUCUCUUUCUUUUCUCUUCCAAUUUUGUCCCCUCUUUCGUUUCUCUUCUUUUCUUGUCCCCUUUUUACGUUUCUCUUCCCUUUUUAUUCUCUUUCUCGUUUCUCUUCCUUUUUGUCCUCUCUUUCGUUUCUCUUCCUUUUUGUCCUUCUUUCGUUUCUGUUCCAUUUUGUUCUCUCUUUCGUUACUUCUUUGUUGUCCUCUUUUUCGUUUCUUCCUUUUUUGUCCUCUCUUUUGUUUCUCUUCCUUUUUGCCUUCCCUUUAGUUUCUCUUCAUUUUUUGUCCUCUCUUUCGUUUCUCUUCCUUUUUGUCCUCUCUUUCGUUUGUCUUCCGUUUUUUGUCUUCUCUUUCGUUUCUUCCUUUUUGUCUUCUCUUUCGUUUCUCUUUCUUUUUGUCCUCUUAUUCGUUUCUCUUUUUUUUUGCCCUCUCUUUCGUUACUUCUUUUUGUCCACUCUUUCGUUUCUCUUCCGUUUUUGUCCUCUUCUUCGUUUCUUCCUUUUUGUCCUCUCUUCGUUUCUCUUUCUUUUUGUCCUCUGUUUCGUUUCUUCCUUUUUUGUCCUCUCUUUCUUUUCUCUUCCUUUUUGCAAUCUCUUUCGUUAUUUCUUUUUUUCUUCCUUCUUUUUUUCUCUUCUUUUUUGCCCUCUCUUUCGUUACUUCUUUUUGUCCUCUUUUUCGUUUCACUUCCAUUUUGUCCUCUUCGUUUCUUCCUUUUUUGUCCUCUUCUUCGUUUCUUCCUUUUUUGUCCUCUUUUUCGUUUCUCUUCCAUCACAUUUCCAUCGCCAUUGCUGUCAUUAUCUAUCUAUCUAUCUAUCUAUCUAUCAUCUCUCUUUAUCUAUCUGA